CUAAUCCCAUGGAACUUUCUUCAGUGUUGUAAGUAUCUAUUGCUAUAAAAGUGCAUAAACAAAUAUCACGUCACAUAAGUUUUUAUUAACAGAUUUAAAGAAAACUUUCCGUUAAGUAAGGAUGCAUUUAUGUAUGUGCUAGACAGCAUAAAGGAAAAAUGUCCGACUAACCUAUCGUCGUCAAUAUCGCCGAUGUUGAAAUUGUGCUGCGUUCUCAGAUUUUUGGCUCAUGGGAGCUAUCAGCAAACAGUGGGAAAUGAUUUCGAACUAGGUAUUGCACAGCCCACUGUUUCGUUGAUUUUUAAGGAAAUGCUUCCAAUAUUGGAAUCCACUCUGUGCAGUGUCCGGAUCAAAACAGACAUAACUGAAGAGCAGAAACGAACAGCAAGAAGGAAUUUUUUCACCAGAUCAGGAAUUCCAAAUGUGGUUGGUUGCGUUGAUGGAACCCAUGUUGCAAUUAUUGCACCAUGUGAGAACAAGCACUUAUAUGUGAAUAGAAAAGGAUUUUACAGCAUAAAUGCGAUGAUUGCAUGCGAUGAGGAUAUGGUUAUACGGCGUGUUGAUGCAAGAUAUGGAGGAUCUAGCCACGAUUCAUUUGUGUGGAACAAUCGCGCUUUAAAAACAUAUCUGGAGCAAACAUACCAAAAAGGAGAUCAUAAUUCGGUUUACUUAGGUGAUUAUGGUUAUCCACUACACGAGUAUCUAUGGACGCCUUUCCGAAACGCUUUACCAGGAACAGUGGAAUCAAAUUUUAAUAAGAAACAUGCAAAGGCAAGGAACGUAGUUGAACGGACAAUUGGAGUGCUGAAAUGCCGUUUUCGUUGUAUACUAGGUGAACGUAAACUACGACAUCCUCCUAGUAAAGCAACUGUUAUUGUAAAUGUUUGUUGUGCUUUACACAAUAUUUGCAAACAAUAUAAUGUGAAUGAUCCUGAAGAAGAAACUUUUGUUGAUGUGGUAGUACCACUGGAACCAGUUGAAGGAAACUUCAGUGGAACAGCAGCAGAUCAUCGCCGAAGACAAAUUGCGAAUGCAUUGUCAUAA